AUGCAGGCCAAGAAGCGGUACCUGCUCGUGUCUGUGGGGGUCGCUCUUCUUUUCCUGGUCUACAUGUGGGCUCUCCAAAUCGCUGACUUUGAGCAGCAGCAUCGGUGGUACCGCCACCACCAGUUGCCCCAGUACCCCGACUACUACCAAGAACAGCCGUACAGCCAGAGUCAAGAAGCGGAGCGGGCCGGGCACAGGCCCCUGCCUCGGAGGGGCCCGUCCAAACAACCCGGACACUGGACUGAAUUGACCCAGCUGCUGGGGCCCUACCUGGAGGGAGGAGAGCAAGAGGAGGACGGUCCUCAGGUCCACCACCAGCACAGCUCACCCAGAGAACGCCGCUCAGUCCGCGACAACCUCUACAAGAACAAACGCUGCCGCAUGGAAACCUGCUUCGACUUUGCCCGUUGCCAGCCGCAUUUCGGCGUCUACGUUUACCCGUUGCAAAGAGGCGAUGAGAUCUCCAACACUUAUCGUAAGAUCCUGUCCUCCAUCCAGGAAUCUCGCUUCCACACCACGGACCCCUCCAAGGCAUGCCUUUUCGUCCUGGCCGUGGACACCCUGGACAGGGACCGUCUGUCGGCCCAGUUCGUUCAGAACGUCAGGACGCGAAUUCAGAGUUUGCCCACGUGGAACGACGGCAGGAACCACCUGAUUUUUAACCUCUACUCCGGAACCUGGCCAGACUACACGGACGAUCUGGGCUUCGAGGUGGGCCAGGCCAUGCUGGCCAAGGCCAGCGCCGACGUGGCCAACUUUCGACCCAGCUUUGAUAUCUCCGUCCCCUUGUUCUCUAAAGACCAUCCGCUCAAAUCUGGGGGCACGGACAGCGCGUCACCUUCUUCGUCCUCUAGGCGCUACCUGCUGGUCUUCAAAGGGAAGCGCUACUUGACGGGCAUCGGCUCUGAAACCCGGAACGCUUUGUAUCACAUCCACAAUGGAGAUGAUAUUGUCCUGUUGACCACCUGCAAGCACGGCAAGGACUGGGAGAAGCACAAGGACUCCCGAUGUGAUCACGACAACAGAGAAUACGCAAAGUUCGACUACCAGGAGCUUCUUCACAACUCCACCUUCUGUCUGGUGCCUCGCGGACGACGCCUCGGUUCCUUCCGCUUCCUGGAAGCGCUCCAGGCGGCGUGCAUUCCCGUCAUUCUCAGCAACGGUUGGGAGCUCCCCUUCGCCGAGGUCAUCGAUUGGAGGAAGGCGGCCAUCAUCGGGGAUGAGAGGCUGCUGCUGCAGGUCCCGUCCAUGACUCGCUGGGUAAGCCGUGACAAGAUCCUGGUUCUGCGCCAGCAGAGUCAAUUCCUGUGGGACGCCUACUUUUCCUCGGUAGCAAAGAUCGUCCUCACCACUCUGGAGAUAAUCCGGGACCGGGUGGAUUCCGCCGUGUCCCGAAACCGACUGAUGUGGAACUCCCUGCCCGGUGGUCUCUAUGCACUCCCUCAGUACUCCACCGACCCGGCACGUUUCCCCUUUUACUACGCCACGCUAGGUAAGAGCCCACCAGGGCAGUUUACCGGCGUAAUCCACACACAGAGUCCACUGCAGUCGCAACCGUCCCCCGUGCUCAAACUAAUCAUCGCUGUUGCCAAAUCCAAGUUUUGUGCGCAGAUUGUGGUUUUAUGGAACGGCGAAAAGCCUUUACCUCCCAGGAACAAGUGGCCCUCCACCAGCGUGCCUCUCAACGUCAUCCAAGGACACAGCAAGACAAUGAGUAGUCGUUUCUACCCGCACGACAUCAUCGUCACCGAUGUCAUCCUCAGUCUGGACGAAGACUCAGUUCUCUCCACCAAUGAGGUGGAUUUCGCCUUCAUCGUUUGGCAAAGUUUUCCGGAACGGAUCGUGGGUUACCCCGCCCGGAGCCACUACUGGGAUAGCUCGCGGUCUUGCUGGGGCUACACCUCCAAAUGGACCAAUGACUACUCCAUGGUGUUGACCGGGGCCGCCUUCUAUCACAGGUACUACCACUACCUGUUUAGCAGCUACGUUCCCGCUAGCCUGCUGAGCAUGGUGGACCGCACGGCUAACUGCGAGGACAUCCUGAUGAACUUCCUGGUUUCCGCCGUCACCAAGCGUGCGCCGGUUAAAGUCACGCAGAAGAAGCAGUACAAGGAGACCAUGAUGAGCCAAGGCUCUAAAACAUCCCGUUGGGCCCACCCGGACCACUUUGCCGAGCGUCAGACAUGCGUCAACGCCUUCGCGCGCUGGCUGGGCUUCAUGCCUCUGCUCCACUCGCAGAUGCGGCUCGACCCGCUGCUUUUCCGAGACCAGGUGUCCAUGCUGCGGAAGAAGUACCGUGACAUCGAGAGGCUUUGA